GCAGCUGUGCAGGUCUGCCCAAGGGUUAACUCAUUCCUGGGCAGCUGCAGCGCGUGCGGUGCGAAAUCUCACCAGAAGAGGGUACAGUAGCAAAGCGUUUGACGUCAGGCUGGAAUUCCUAUUGUGUUUCGGACCCGCUCCGGCAAAGCCAGUUCAAGUUAGCUCUCUAUACAGCCCGGAUCGCGUAGCUCUGGGGCUGACCCGCCUCUGCCGCUCACCCGGGAAAACAGGACGCUGCCUGCGAGAAGAACCUCGUCCUGUCCCAGACCGAGCUGAAGGAGCCCGUGGGUGAGUGUCCCCACCACCGACCGCAGAGUCCCCCGCCAGCGCUCCUGGAUGCCCGCGUGCAGCCCCGCCACUGGGUGCAUGGCUCCCUUGCGGCGCGUCUCAGCCUGCCGCCGCCUGGUGUGAGUGCCUUUCCCGGCAGGUGGUUGUUGUCCCCUAGGGCCUCUCAUUGGCAGCGGCUGUGGCAGGGCUCAUGGAACCGGGGCUUGCAAGCGAACCUGCGGGGAGCAUGGACGCAUCUGCCGAGCAAAGCCUCCCGGAGCCAGGCAGCCAGGACUCUGUGGCAGGCGAAGACAUUGAGAUCGUGGUAAAUGUGGGGGGCGUGAGGCAGGUGCUCUACGGGGACCUGCUCAGCCAGUACCCCGAGACCCGGUUGGCAGAGCUCAUCAACUGUUUGGCGGGGGGCUACGACACCAUCUUCUCUCUGUGCGACGAUUACGAUCCGGGCAAGCGCGAAUUCUACUUUGACAGGGACCCAGACGCGUUCAAGUGUGUCAUUGAGGUAUACUAUUUCGGGGAAGUUCACAUGAAGAAGGGCAUUUGCCCCAUCUGCUUCAAGAAUGAGAUGGACUUCUGGAAGGUGGACCUCAAAUUCCUGGAUGACUGUUGCAAGAGCCAUCUGAGUGAGAAGCGCGAGGAGCUGGAGGAGAUCGCGCGCAGGGUGCAGCUCAUCUUGGACGACCUGGGUGUAGAUGCUGCUGAGGGCCGCUGGCGCCGCUGCCAGAAGUGUGUCUGGAAGUUCCUAGAGAAGCCGGAGUCUUCGUGCCCUGCGCGGGUGGUGGCUGUUCUAUCCUUCCUGCUCAUCCUUGUCUCCUCCGUGGUCAUGUGCAUGGGCACCAUACCCGAGCUGCAAGUGGUGGACUCGGAAGGCAACCGCGUGGAGCACCCGACGCUGGAGAACGUGGAGACGGCUUGCAUCGGCUGGUUCACUCUGGAGUACCUGCUGCGCCUCUUCUCAUCGCCCAACAAGCUUCACUUUGCCCUGUCCUUCAUGAACAUCGUGGAUGUACUGGCCAUUCUCCCCUUCUAUGUGAGCCUCACACUCACGCACUUGGGCGCAAGAAUGAUGGAGCUGACCAACGUGCAGCAGGCAGUGCAGGCCCUGAGGAUCAUGCGCAUUGCACGAAUCUUCAAGCUGGCCCGCCACUCCUCCGGCCUGCAGACCCUCACCUAUGCCCUCAAGCGCAGUUUCAAGGAACUGGGGCUAUUGCUUAUGUACCUGGCCGUGGGCAUCUUCGUCUUUUCUGCACUGGGCUACACCAUGGAGCAGAGCCACCCUGAAACUCUGUUCAAGAGCAUCCCCCAGUCCUUCUGGUGGGCUAUCAUCACCAUGACCACAGUGGGCUAUGGUGACAUCUACCCCAAGACCACUCUGGGUAAGCUCAACGCAGCCAUCAGCUUCUUGUGUGGGGUAAUUGCCAUUGCCCUGCCCAUUCACCCCAUCAUUAACAACUUUGUCAGGUACUACAACAAACAACGUGUCCUGGAGACAGCAGCCAAGCAUGAGCUGGAGCUGAUGGAGCUCAACUCCAGCAGUGCAGAAGGCAAGCCGGGGGGUUCUCGCAGCGACCUGGACACCCUGCCCCCAGAGCCUGCUGCCAGGGAGGGGCCAAGCUGGGGUAGCCGGCUGAAGCUCUCACACAGCGAUACCUUCAUUCCCCUGCUGACAGAGGAGAAGCAUCAUAGGACCCGCCUACAGAGCUGCAAGUGAGAGCUGGGCUCCCUGGCAGGGAUGGACUGGGCUGUGGAUGGACAAACCAUUGGGUAGACAUGUCAGUAGGCACGUCUGUGGUUUCAGAGGAGCUGCUUGUGUCUUCCAGCCCUCCCCUGAGCAGACCUUUGCCAAGACUGGGUAAGACUCCUUGGGUGCCAGCUGUCCAGGUACAGGGGGCCUAGGGAGUACAGGAGCCACAGGGCCACUUGGGGCUAUCAGAUGGCCUGGCAUGCUUUUGUGUCCCCCUCAAUAAAACCUCCUGUUCAGCAUACCCUCCGUGCUGUGGGUUGUCUCAGGCUGGUUACCCCAAGAGUGACUACUGCACACCCUAGUGCCAGGCCAGGAAGGAGGUGUGCAGCUCCAGAGGGAGUGGGGGGUAGCUAUUUUUAGUUGAGAGCUAAUUAAAGAAGGGCUGCAAGGCAGGGUUCAGCUCCAAGGCGCCUUGCCACAUUCCAGGAGACAACUCUCCCGCUUCCUUCUGUGGGAAAGCUGUCUCCCUGAGGCUUGGGGAGGAAGGACAGAGCCCAUUGGUGGGGCAGCUAACUCACAGUUGUCACCUGUGGAGUAGCCCUUUCCACAACCCCUUUUUUCCUUUCCAGCUACUCUGGUAGACUGGCAUCUCCAUUUUACAGGUAAAAAAACUGAGGCUCAGGGUCACAACAGAGGAGAAAUUCAACCCUAGUUUUGAUUAUCCCUAUGUGGUCUCUCCAACAACAGGCUGUAUUGGGGCAGAGGCCUUUUGGGAGUCUUAUAAGGAAGGAUCCCAAUUCCUCAGAUAUUUGUGUAUCAGGGGGACCUCAGAGUAUCACAGUUCUUAGUUCAGCUCCUGGCAUUAGGAUGGCUCGGUCAUUUAUUGAAGGGGAAGCAGUCAUAGCUGUUUCUAUCAUUCUAGGCUGGGAAGGGGUGAGUUGCACACCUGCCCACUGUGGUCUCUGCUGGUCUGGGCUGGCUGGGCAUGAGGGCAGUUAAAGGACGGGCAUGACACUAUAGUGCUGCACUUGGCCAAAGGCUAAGCUGGGCCCGUGGGCCUAACCCUUUGUGGUUUCUACCUUCUAGGAGCUGUAGAGCCUUGCUCUUCACCCCAGCACCCUACCCCAGCUGUGGGAGCAUCAAGAAAGGAACGCUGUGGUGGAGUAGGAGACAGGGUAAAAAGGGAGGGAUAGAGGUAUCUUCCAUCUGCCUCCACUCUGGGUGGCUCUUUUCUCUUCCCUGAGCACAGAUUUUCCCAGGAGUAUGAGGAGGGCUUAUUUUUCAGGGCACCUUCUAAGUCUGCCUUUCCAGAAUUUCCAAGGUUUGUGCUUCUGAUCCUUGUGGCAGUGUCUCUAGGAGGUAGGAGGUUGUCAUUUGGAGGGGGAAGUCUUAAGAGUCGAGAGUCGAGGUUCUCUCUUCAGGGUGCAGGCUUACUUCGUGGCUUCAUUGUUAAGAUACUCAGACCUGGGGUAGAUGGCCCAUGUAGCAGCAACAUCAGUGGCCAUCCUAGGGGACAGCCCCAUGUCUGCCCAGCCCUCUCACUUAGGAUUCUGAAGGUCUUUAGCACUUCUAGCUGGCUAAGGCACUGGUUCCUCCAAACUGGUGUAUGCCUCCUCUUCACAUUUCUCCAGGCUGACACCAGGUCCUGGGAAUAUCAAAGGCAGAGGAAGAAGUUGGGGUCUGAGAAAGUAGAGACUCUAGAUAAGGGAGGACAGGGACUACCAGGGUAUUGUGAGUUCUUGGGGCUCAGGAGAUUUGCUGAAAGGUUGGCUUGCCUUUGUUUGUCCCCUCUAUGAAGAAACCUUGGGAAGCUAGGAUAUGGGGUACCAUCCUCAUAGCCCCAGAAAGUGGGAAAAGCUCAAGGUUUACAGAGAGCUGAGUGACCUUGGGACAGAAGGCCAUCUUCCUGUGUUCCCUGCCUUCUGGGGCAGUGGUACUGGAGAUGAGGGUGGGGAAUUACAGGGAAGAAAACUCAGAGAUCCAAAGCAUCUUUUUGCUGCUCGUUCAGGAAUAGAAGACCAAGCCCAGAGAAGUGAGCCAUCUGUGAGAUCUCCACAGCCUAGGAUCCACUGGUCCCAGGGGGACUGAGUGACUGAUAGUGAUCCUUACACAGUGAUAUACUUUGUCACAGAGGAGUAGUCCAGAUGUUCUGAGAGCCAGGACAGUCCCUAAGAGAUUUCUGGGUUUCAAGUACUUGAAAAUUUGUACCUUAGAACCAACAGGGGUUGGGUGUGGAGUUUUGAAAGCUUGGUGUCCAGGCUACACUCCAUUGCUGUGAAAUUAGAAUGUCUGAGAUGACCCUUCAGUGUCAGUAUUUUUAUAACUUAAAGUACACACGAGUCAUGGUGAUUGGGUUAAAUCCAGGGUUUGCAUCUGUAGAGCUGAAAAAAGGUGUUCUUUCUCAACAAGCUUCCAGGUGCAGCUGGAGCCUGGGGCUGCUAGUCCACAGAAUGGCUUUGAACUAUCAGAAUAAACCUGUAAACUGUAGCCAGACCUGGUGGACCAUCUGUUUUUGCACAACCCAUGACUUUAGAAUAGGUUUUAUAUUUUUAAAUGGUUGAAGAAAAAAAAAAACUCAAAGGAAUAACAUUUUGUGAAUCGUGAAUAAUACUUUACAUUCAAAAUUUGUUGUCCAUAAAUAAAGUGUUAUUGGAACUAA